UAACAAGAAAUUCUUUCACCUUUAAACGAUAAUUCAAACUCAAGAACAAAAUUCAUCUCCCUCCGCAAGAAUGAUAGCGGGAGAUAUUUCUCUGUCAUCUUCCACGUUCAGCUUCCAUGGCGAUGCAAGACUGUCAGCGUCGUCCACUCAUCUCAUGGGGGCCCCACUCGCUUCUCAAAGCGCUUUGCCUUCGCAGAGUGCAAAGUUGAUGAGACGGCUUGUUGUUUACUCGAAGAGAAUAUCAGGCUUGGAGGAAGCCAUCAGGAUAAGAAGAGAGCGUGAGCUUCGAACUUCAACUACAUCCAAAAGACGGCCUCCUUUGAGACGUGGAAGGGUAUCACCUGGCCUUCCUGUCCCUGAUCAUAUCCCGAGGCCUCCUUAUGUAGGUACAAAAUUGUUACCGGAUAUUGCAGAGGAGCAUCAAAUUCAUGAUGCCGAAGGCCUUGCUCGCUUGAGGGCUGCAUGUGAACUUGCUGCUCGGGUGGUAGACUAUGGGGGGACCCUAGUCAGGCCCUCUGUAACGACAAAUGAGAUUGACAAAGCUGUCCAUCAAAUGAUCAUUGAUGCUGGUGCUUACCCUUCUCCAUUAGGGUAUGGGGGUUUUCCUAAGAGUGUAUGCACAUCAGUUAAUGAGUGUAUGUGCCAUGGAAUACCAGAUUCACGCCAGUUACAGGAUGGUGAUAUAAUAAACAUAGAUGUGACAGUCUACUUAAAUGGUUAUCAUGGAGAUACAUCCAAGACAUUUGUAUGCGGAAAUGUAAGUCCUGCAAUGAAACGUCUCAUAAAG